AUGGACUCUCAGGGCCCGAUAGGUCAGCUGACGCAAGGAGUGAAGGCACCCAGCGCCUGCACCAAAGCAGAGUGUCUUCAGGAGCUCCGGUCCUUCGGUCACAAGCCCAACACAGACCUAACAUUAGCAGGGCGUCGUGCCUUGGUGAAGCGCAACAGGGUCGAGCACGGCUUCAUGAAGGACAAGGGCCUGAGCGACCUCAGCAAGGAAACAGAUCCCAUGACACUGGUCUUGAAGGGCACUGCAAAGGAGCUCAAAGCCUUCGCAGCGGAGAAGGACCUGGACUACGACAGCAAGGCCUCCCUCCGACUUCGUUUGUGGCUGAUGCGCUCCGGGGCAGGGGACACUCUCGUCACCUUCGAGAAGCAUGCGGGCCUGACGAUGCUCAUCAAGAACCGCAAGAAGACAGAGAAGGACCCAGACUCGGCUCCGACAUGGCUGGCUCGCGUCCUGGCGCUUGACAACAGCACGCGUCUCUUGUCACCAGUGCUGAAGCUCAAGACCGAGAAGGGCUACGGGCAGGCCAGCGGCAGCAGCAGCCCGCAUGCGAAGGCCGAGCCGGCUCUCUCACAGGAAGAUCUGACGCAGCAGCUGCAGGCCUUGAAGCUGGAAAUUCGCUCGGGUAUAGGCUUGUGUCGUCGUUUGGAGGAGGUUCAGGACUUUGAGUUUCAGCAGUCUCAGUACAGGGCUCUUCGGGAUCCCGGCCAACUGCGAGAGCUGCGAGAGCAGACCUACAUUCGCACCUACUAUGACAAGAAACAGCAGACAACUCCUGCUUCAGCACUGUGCCUAGCAGAAUAUGUCUUGCUGGAAAGGCUCAGGCGAGCCUGCUACGGGCUUGUGGAGGCCCCGAUUGAGUGGUUUGAAACCGUAAAAAACACCUUCUUGCACUCCAUCGGAUACCGUCAGCUCCGAAGCGACCCGUGUGCGUGGGUCUACAAAGACCAAGAACGAGUCGUCUCCAUCGUCAGUGGACAUGUCGAUGACUUUUUGUUCACGGGAAGGGACAAUGAUCCUAUUUGGGAGCUGCUAAAUAAAGACGGAUCCUUCGACAUCAGUCAGAGGCAGUACCUGGAGACCAUCAAGGAGAUCAGCAUCCCUCGAGAGCGACGACGAGCCAAACAUGAAGCCACCACAGAACAAGAGAAGAGCGAGCUAAGAGCUUUACACGGAGCUCUCAGUUGGCAGGUCCCACACAGCACAGUGGAGCAUCUGGAACAAGCCAACAAACUCCUCUACACCAUUAAGCAGGAGGCAGAGGUGCCGCUACGCAUUCACGCUUUCCCCGAGUCAGAGGAAUUGGUGAUGGUGGGUUGGUGCGAUGCAAGUUCUCAGAACCGACAUGAGGGCUAUUCCACCGAAGGAACUCUCAUCGGCAUGGCUCGACACACCCGCGGCAUUCUGGUGACAGACUCUCGGAAUGUUUAUGACAAAGUUGACAAUCCUUAUGCGUCCCCGAAAGGCGUAGAUAUAGAACUCCUGGCCUUAAACGAGUCACAAGAGUCCACCUGUUUGAGUGUUCGCUGGGUCAACUCAGAUGCUCAGUUGGCCAACAUCCUUACAAAGAGAGGGGAAGAACACCAGAUCACACGUUUCAUCAGUUUAGGGCAGCAGUGGCGCAUUGUUCAUGACCCCGACAUGUUUUCUGGCAAGAAGAGAAGAGCGCAGGGGAAAGAUCCUCUGGAGAACGGGGGAGGGGGUAGCUAG